AUGUCUUUCAUCAUUCGCCUGCUCCAGCAAAAGCACAAUCCUCCCAGGCCCUCUACCGAGUCCUUUGCCGGCCUCACAGUCCUCGUCACGGGUGCAACGUCAGGCUUGGGCCUCGAAGCGGCUAAGAAGCUGGCCGCGCUCCGUGUCUCCCGUUUGCUUAUAACAGCACGCACUGAAGCCAAAGGACAAGCGGCGAAGCGCGAGAUUGAAGAAUUCCUCGCUGCUAGCUCCGAUGCCACCACUACCAGCAGUGUUUCGGCUUCGGCUGCGACAGAGAUCAUUCCCUUAAUACUCGACAUGUCCUCUUUUGCGGCAGUCAAAUCUUUCGUCGAUGCUCUAAGCACUCGCUUCCAUUCGAUCGAUAGCGCCAUUCUGAAUGCAGGUGUCUUGAUGAGCAAACACUCCUCUAGUUCCGACGGGUGGGAAGAUACUAUACAGGUCAACGCUCUCAGCACGUUCCUACUCGGCGUCCUCCUCUUACCUCUGCUCCUUUCUUCCGGGCUAGCCCCGGGGACAUCGACAGAAGACGGGAAAUCACGCAACAGCAAGAACAAACCACAUUUGACGUUUGUGUCGUCGGGAAAUGUUCACCACAUGAACCCAGAAAAGAUGGCAGAGGUCAUCUCAAGCGAAACGCCUCUCCGAGAUCUAAGCCCGAAAUUUUUCCCGCCCGGCCUUGCGGGCGCGAGUGCUCAGUACAAUCGGUCGAAACUCAUCCUCGAGUAUGCCGCGCGACAUCUUGCAGCUUCAGCCGCUCUGAAAAAUCCAAACGGACAAGGGCCUCGAGUGAUCGUUAACACAGUCUGUCCAGGCAUGUGCAAGAGCGAUUUAGGGCGACAAUUAGGGGAUGGCGCAAUUGUUAAGAUCAUAGCGUGGUUCAUGUAUAGGUUCCUUGGUCGUACAGCCGAGCAGGGGGCCAAUUCAUACACGACGGCACUGUCUGUGGGCGACGAUGGCCACGGCCGGAUGUGGAAGGACGAUCGUGUGUACGAAGACGGCCCGAUGCUGUCAAGUCAACAGGCGACGGAGUUUGGAGAGAAGGUGUGGGCUGAAGUAAGCCAGGUCAUGCUGGAAGCAGACGAAAGCACCAAGGUGUUUCUGGCUUGA